AUGACGGUGGACGAGCAUAACGAGCCAUCCGACGAUGCUCAAAUGUUAGCUGAACUCCAGAAGCAAGUUGACGGCAUGCAGAGCCAAAUAACCGAGAUGAACCGAACUCGGGAGCUGGAGCAAAGCACCGAGAUGCUCAGCCAGUUGCAGUCAGAGAAUACGGUCCUCCAGGAUCAAAACCAAGCCCGCAUCAUGGCAGGCAACAAGAAGCGUCAUUUCAACACCCAGGCAGGCGUAGCCGGGGCAACGCGUGAAGGGGCCGAGAAUCCUCAAGUCCACAACCUGGAGGAGAGUGAUUCCGAGCCAGAAUCUGAUAAGGAGACACCUGAAAAAAUAUCAGCGACGGAGUCCUCUAUGACUGCCUAUCUCGAGAAGAUGUUCUCCAAGAGAUUUGACGCCAUACAGUCCAUGGUUGAACGCCUACCAGGAGUAGCUCCCCCAAUCCGAAGGAGUAACCCAGACUCCUACGCAGAUACCCUUUUCGUGGAAGGAAUCGCCUUGGUCAAGAUGCCUAGGAAGUUUUCCUUCCCCAGCAUAAAGAUGUACGAUGGCACGGGCGACCCCGACGAUCUUAUCGCUCAAUACAAGCAACAGAUGCUCGCGGUUGCGCUUCCAAAAGAAUCCCGCGAGGCUACAAUGUGCAAAGGCUUUGGCUCCACUCUGAUAGGACCUGCCCUAGAAUGGUACAUCAACCUACCCACCAGGUCCAUACACUCUUUUGGGAGCCUCAGCGACAAACUUGUGGAGCAAUUCGCAAGUAGUAGGAGCCUGGAGAAGACAUCAGACGGUCUCUACGAGAUUCUUCAGCAUCGGGUAGAACCCCUGCGAGAUUACAUAGCCCGCUUACACCAAGAAAAGGUGGCAUUUCCCGAGUGCAGCAUUCUUACCGCGAUCUCUGCCUUCAAAAGGGGCCGGCUUCCAGACGGGGGCCUCUACAAAGAACUUACCAUGUAUCCCUACAAGACCAUGGAAGACGUGUUAUCCCGAGCCUGGGCGCAAGUGAAGUGGGAAGAAGACGUCGCUAGCCGUGCUAAGGCCCAGCCGAAGCAGGACCAAAAGUUGGCCCGAUCGGAUCAAGGAAAUCGGGAUGAAAGUUCCUCCCAAAGAGCGAUGAGCCUGGGCGCAAGUGAAGUGGGAAGAAGACGUCGCUAG